AAAAACCUAAGCUGUACAAUGGACUUAGUAAAAUCCUACGCUGUUGCAUUUCAUGACAGCAGAAAGCUAUGGAUGGUGCCAAAGUUGGAAAAUAUGAACAUUUUCUAAAUGAUGUGCUUCGAGUGGAUCUACAAAAAGAAGUAGCAAACCGAGACAGCAUCUGUGAGAAAAUUGCUAUUUACUCCCAGCUUGGCCAAACAAUUGACUGCAUCACUAAAGUGGACACUACAGAUGGCCUCCUAACACAAGUCAACAUUGGCUCCAAUUUUUAUGUUCAGGCUCAUGUGCCUGAUCCUUCACGCAUUUAUGUUGAUGUUGGGCUGGGGCUGUAUGUGGAGCUGACUCUGACAGAAGCUAAAAAAGUUGCUGAGAAGAAAAUUGAGCAGAAGAACAAGGAAUUGGAGGCCUCAAGCAAGCGAUCUGUGAAAAUUAAAGCUCAGAUAAAGUUUGUUGUUGAAGCCCUGAAAGAACUGCAUACUAUACAACCUUCCUGUUUUACAAUUUUGAAUGUAAUCAUGAUGGAGGAAAUUAAAGUAAAAACGUCAUCAGUAAUAUUGAUAAUUGUAAUAUCCACUGUAGUGUCAUGGCUUCUACCGCUUUUACUGGGAAAAUAUUCUGACCUCACGUAUCCUAGAAUAGCCUUAGAACACCAGACCCAUGAACUCAUCACUAUCAGUGACCUGUACAAAGAUGCUAAAUUAAAACAACCUAGUGCUGGUGGAAAAGAGAAGAAACUACCUGAGUGUCCAGCCCAGCCAUCUGGACUUCAGGGCUUACAGUUCCUGCCUCCAGACAUAGAGCGGCUCCAAGUUGAGGACGAUGAGCUGUGGGCAGAGAAACUGUCUCGUGCAUGGCACAUCAAAAGAGGUGGAUUGUGGCAACCAUCACACUGCAAGCCACGUUAUGCUGUGAGUGUGAUUGUUUGUGUGCGCGACAGACAAGCUCAGCUGGAAGCUUUCCUCCGCCACAUGCAUCCAUUUCUAUCGCGGCAGCUGCUGCAUUAUAGGAUUGUGGUGGUGGAGCAAAACAACUCGCUUGCCUUCAACCGCGCCAAGCUGUUCAACAUCGGCUACAAGGAGGCAAUUAAGGCAGGCAGGGACGGCGCCGAGGCGCUCUGUCUGGUCUUCCAUGACGUCGACCUUCUCCCGCUCAACGACUUCAACACCUACACCUGCACCUGGUCACCCAGACACAUGAGUGUUGCUGUUGAUUCUCUCAGGUACGAGCUGCCGUACCGCAGUCUGUGCGGCGGUGCAAUGGCCAUCACAGCGCAGCAGUUCAAGCGCGUCAACGGCUUCUCGAACGCCUUCGAGGGCUGGGGCGCCGAGGACGACGAUUUCUGCAACAGGUUGCACGACCAGGGCCUAAGCGUGGUGCGCUUCAGCCCUGAGGUAAGCACCUACACGAUGCUGCCUCACGCCCCCGCCACCGCGGCGCCCCAGCGCUUCACCACCCUCAGCAGCCGGGACCCCAGCGGCCGUGACGACGGCUUGUCGUCCCUCACCUACACCAUCGUCGCCACCGACCAUCAUCCCCUCAUGCUACACGUUACCGUCACCUGGUGAUGACCAUCCGAUCAUAGGUUACGCCACUACCAGCAUUUUUCAAUAUUAGUUCUUAUUAACAUCUAUCUUCAUAGGCUACUAAGUUAUCACAGCUAACUGGUCAUAUCAUAUAUCAAUUGUAAGCUAGCAUCAACUAUAGGCAUUCCUUACUGUUCCCUCUUAUUAAUAGCUUUCUAGAUAAUUCCUCGUAAGUAAGCCGAAUUACAUUUAUUUUAAUUAAAAAAUGAAUUAAGUUAAAAGGAUUUUCAAUUUUUUCUCUGUAUGUGAGAUAACGCCUGUAAUAUUCAAACCGUGCCGUUUUGAUCAAAGAUUAACGCUAUCACUAUUUCCCUGCUAUAUAUCAUUGACCUUCUAUUGAUUGUCAAUUAUAUGGAUGCAUCGAAUCAAUAAUCAUUCUUCGUAGUUUAAAUCCUCAUCGCGUAGCAAGAUGGAUGUUGUUUAAAUGAGAUUAUGCAGCUUGUAAUAAAAGUGAAUAAAUAAAUUUUCGUUUAUUUGUAA